AUUACGCCCUUCAGAAAGGCGUUACAUUGGUAUGUGGGAGGGUCGCGAGGAUAGUAAGCUGCCUAGUAUUGAAUGCAUACGCUAGGCAAACAGAUCAACCUGUAGGAAUGGGUAUAAGUAUCUGAGGCAUCCAGGCUGCAAUAUAGCAACUCUACACUUCCCUUCCAAAUUAGACCGGAGCCCUACAACUAUCAUCGCAUCUUUGUCGUAAUCGCCUGCAAUGUCUUCCCCCUCGGUAGCCUCUUCCGUUCCGCGUCAGCGCAUCCGCGAGCUGUUACCAACUCUGCAUCUCGGUCGCUAUCAACCUGGCCCAAAGAACAGUCUGACAGACGUUCCCGGUGUGCUCGUACACACUGAGUCUAUCCAUUCAUCUCCUGCGUAUCCCGAUGCCCCGCCGAACGACAUCAACACUGGCGUAACAACCAUCAUCCCGCGCAAGGACUGGUUUCACAAAGCUUGUUUCGCAGGCAUGUUCCGCUUCAACGGCUCUGGAGAGAUGACUGGAGCGCAUCUCAUCGAGGAGAUGGGCCUUCUUUUCUCCCCAAUCAUCAUUACGGGGAGCUUCGGCGUUGGGUCAGCGUACAACGGCAUCUACGAGUAUGCGAUCCGCGAGAACUGCGACAAGAAUGGGAAAGUCGAUUGGUUCUUAUUGCCCGUCGUAGCGGAGACGUUCGACGGCUUCCUGCACGAUGUGUCCAAGUUUGCUGUGACGCCGAAGCACGUCGUAGAUGGCAUAGACAAAGCGAGCAGCGAACCUGUGAAAGAGGGCAACACGGGCGGCGGAACGGGUAUGGUCUGCCAUUACUUCAAGGGCGGCACUGGAUCUAGCUCUCGUGUGGUGCCUGGUGAAGAUGGCAGGAGCUAUACAGUCGCGGCUCUGGUCCAAGCGAAUUACGGCAAGAUGUGGGAUCUCAAGAUCGGAGGUGCGCCGAUUGGGAGACUCAUCUAUGAAGAGCAGAAGCGAAAGAUUGAGGAGAAUCCUGACGACCCGGAAUUACUGGCACAAGCGAACCUUCUGUUCAAAGUGAAGAAGGAGAAGGACAAGAAAGAUGGAUCUAUCAUCAUAGUCCUGGCCACGGACGCGCCGCUCCACCCGCAGCAACUGCAACGACUUGCCAAACGUGCGACUGUCGGAUUGUCUCGCGUAGGCGGCUACGGCACAAACUCUUCCGGAGAUGUCUUCCUCGCGUUCUCUACCGCCAACGAGUUGAACGUGCAGACUGUCACAGCGGGACAAGCAUCUGUCGAUCCGUACAAAGCGAGAGAGGUAUCCGUGACCAUGACCGACGAUCAGACAAUCAAUGCCUUAUUCGAGGCGAGCGCUGACGCAGUCGAAGAAGCAAUAUACAAUGUGCUCUGUAUGGCAGAGACAAUGGACGGUAACGGAAACAAGAUUGAAGGGCUGAACUUGGGGCGCGUGAAAGAGCUGAUGCAGAAGUACCUGUAGCGUAGUGCAUAGUUACGAGAACGGGCACCCAUUUCCUCAAAGUGAAUCGUACAAAACAGUGUUAUUCGAGGGGCGUUUCCAAGCCCACCGUCUGCAGUAGCUCGUGUAAGGAUUGGGCAGUUGUACUAAUUUUGAUAGUUCAAGAGAGCCUGCUACUUGGCCAAUGACGUGGUGCGUGUGUCGGUCGCUGUACCCUUUGAUGCGAUUUGACAGCUGAUGCUUGUGUAGCGUGGAUCGUCAUGCAUGAUCCAGGCACGAGCCUCAUGAUUGAUGGCUGAAUGCUCCAAG